GCAGAUUUUAAGGAAACAGUAUGUUACCUUUUUUGUCGUUGCUUAGGCGAAAAAAGCAGGCCAAGGAUGCUGAUGGUCGGAAACCUCUGCUGGACAACACGACUAAAAAGCACACAGAGAAUAUAGAUGGAGAACAGAUAUUAAAAUAUAUGGAAAGUACAGACCAGUCCGGAGUGUAUUUUGAUCAAAAUGCUCCAGAGGUUGAAGGAAGUGGAGAGCGAGUACUCAGUAUUCUCAGAGAGAUUCUGCAUGGACCGUCAAUCCCCCAAGACUUUGACACUGCAGCUGCCAUUGUGAAAAGCUGGGGCAAAUUGAAUGGCAUUACCAUGGACAACAAAGAAGGCAGCUACCCACAAGUCUGGCUCUGUGAGUUCCUGCAGGAAAUAGACCAGUUUGUAGAGCAACACUUUCCCAAACUGCCAACAGAGGGAGGAUCUCAUACGCAGUUAGCUGACUAUCUGAAGCUUUUGGAGAGAGUGAUAUGUUAUGAGGUGCUUCGAUUAGCACCUCUAUUGAAAGAUGCUGGACUGCUAGAUCAUUUGAUUGACAGUUUCAGCCAUCAACUCUUUACCGAGUUGGACCUGCUUUUAAAAAGUAAUCUUUCAGAGAAUAAGACCUUCUACCUUCUACAGUGGGGAAAACGGGUAUUCUUCAGUCCAGACUCACCAGAUGUCUUCAGAGUCCACGACCCUCUACAGUUGUCAAGGUGGUUUGAAGGAGCAAAGCAAAAGCUGUUGCAAGUACUUCAGAACAAAAUCUCUAAGAUUCUAGAGAACAUUCUGUCCAAUGUGCAGCAAUACAGACCUAAUGGGGACUCAAUAGGUGAAGAAGCUUUCAUCAGAGUGCACCUUGAUGUCAUUCAGUGUCUGAAUGCUGUUAUAAUAAAUGCCAAAGAAUUUAGUCUGAUCUUGAUGCAUGAGGUACAAAAACUCUGCUGUGAAGAGCUUCAUAGUUUUGUUCAGAUGUAUGUGCAUGCAGAGAAAAAACAUCUAGAAAAACUGCAAGCCCCGAAGCCAGAAAACUCUGUAUCUGUUUUGGUUAAUCAACACCUGUAGGCAACUCAGAUUUUUUGCUACCCAAAUCAACAAUCUGGAUAUAAUCAAUGGGGAUGACCUCAAAGACACGGUCAUUUUGUUAAAGAAGAUGGAAGAUUGCAUGUUAUCUAUUGUACAAAAGAUGAUGACACACAUCGCACAGGACAAUUUAAGAAGUUAUUUCAAAAAAGGGGCUAAGCAUAUUCAUAACCUGACAGAGGCAAUCCUAAAGCAGUGUGCAUCUCUACCACAGACAGAUGUGGGAAAGGAGAUCCAAACGAUCAUCGUAAAUAUAGCUUACAACUGUGUUUCCCGUGUCUACCUGGAUUGCCUCAUGAAGAACAAGUUUAAACGGCUAGAAAACAGAUGGGGGAAUGUUGAAGAAAGGAUAAAAGACAAUGUUCUCUAUAUUCACAACACAUUCGCUGAAUGGAAUGGGAGUGAUGAACCGCAGAACCAGCUCCUUAAAAGAAUGAGUGAAUUAUUGUUGCACAGUGAUGCAGAGGCAAUGAAACUAACCUGUGCUGAUUUGUUCAAAGACUUUCCAGAGGACAGCAAGCAGUAUUUACCUGGUUUGCUGCGUUGGAAGGGGGUGUUGUCUGAGCAAAAGGUGAGGGAAGUAUUGGAUGCAAAUCCUGGAUAUGUCGUUCGACAUUCCCUGAUGGGCCUAUGUUGUCUUCGUUGUGAAUAACAAAGCACCUUCAGUCUGCUUUCUUCCAAAUUUGUUUACAAGUGGAGUUUAAGUGAUGGCAUGACUGUUUCCAGUUCCAUUCCAGUUAUGAACUUGACUUACUGUUAUUUAAUUACCGGUAUUUGUUGCUGCUAAUACAGAUAUACAGACAGACCUAUAGCAAUAUGGGCUUAUGAAACUGUCUAAAUGCAUAUUCUCAGGAAGAAAAAAAUUAUGUGUACUUUUUUAUGCUGUAAAUUCCUUUCUGAUAAAAAGUAUUUUAACAGAGUAUUAAUGCUACUGUGUAAAUGCUACAAAUUUGAUAUUCUCUUAUGUCUUAAAUGACAUUUAUCUUGUACUUAAAAUCUUAUAUCUUGUAAAUAGGAAAUAAUGUAUUUAUUGCACCCCAAGAGAAAAUUGUAUUGCUUUUUUACACUGUAAUGUCCUUUCUGAUAUAAAAAUAUUUUAAGAAAGUAUUGAUGCUACAGUUUACAUGUCCAGUUACGAACUUGAAUUAUUGUUUUAUUUUUUUAAAAUCUAAUUAUACUAUUAUUUACACUAAAUAUGUAUAUAUAGCUGUGUUUUUUGUUUUCUCUUACAUUAUAUUUUCUUAUGUCUCAAUGAUAUUUAUGUUGUAAUUGAAAAAUGGAAAUAAUGUAGUUAUUGUAACACAAGAGAAAAAAGAGAAUUAAUGCUUACUAAUCUCCCCCGCAAUCUACUAGCAAAAUUUGAGAGGAAAAAAAAAUGUGUAAAGUUGAUUGACAGUCAAUUAUUCAAGGAUAGGAGGCAGGUAGUAAAAAAACACCACAGCUACAUCCUUCUUUCCUGAACAGCACACAGUUUGUCAGGAAAGCUUGAUUAACAGAGCCUGUCAAAGACCUUCAGGAAUUACAUAAACACCUAUUGUGUCAGCAGGUAUGUUUCCUAAGUGUUUUAAACUGAGGAAACUCCCCUGGACUCUAGCACAUCCUAUCCUGUUAAUAGACAUCCUUUAUAGGCUUUCUCAGAAUCUAGUGGCCACUGUAUCACGCAUAGCUGCAAAGAAGUAAUUAAGAUUCAUGUAAGUGAAGUAUUUGUUACAGAUUACUCAGUAUUAAGAAAAGAUUACCAUA